GUGUCGCCGCCAUCGUCGUCGUCGUCGUCGUCGCUUCAUUGCUAUCACCAGUUGUAAUCGCCAUCCAGCAGAUGCUCUGAUAAUCUCGCGCAGUAUCCCAGGCAUCCAUCCGAAAGGCACGAGACAGCAGGCAAGCGCCGCAGGCUUAGUUUGCUCUUUCGUUAGCAUUUUCCCCUUUCCGUUUUUGAUGUGUUUUAGGAAGUGAUUCUUGUUUUCGUCUAAAAUUAAAGUCUUUAAUGUGUCAUUCCUCGAUCGGGUGUCUCGCCAGCGUGCGUGCGUGUGUGUUAAGUAAUGCAAACAAAUAAAUGAUAAUGAUAAAAAGGCGAUAAACGUUUAAAGCUUCAAGACAAGAAAAGAAAAAUAAUAUUAGCAACAAGCAACAGCAAAGCCCAUAUUCCAUUUAAUUGCGCAUCGUCCGGCGGAGAGAGAGAAAGUGCCAGGAGCGGAGACGCCUCGCUGACAGGUCCUCCAUCGCUAUAUUGCAACACAUCGCUCAUCGCAGAGGAGGAGCCACGCUACAUGGCUGACGACGACUUGCGGGCACUGGUGGAUAGCCUGGAUGACGCCUCGCGGGAGGAUUUGGCCAGCGUCAUAGCCAACUUCUCGCUGGACAUGCUGCAGCGAGCCAGCGCCCUAAUUGGCGCCCAGCAGCCGCACAGUGGGGCGCCCCUCGUCAACCGCACGCAGCAGUGCCAGCAGCAGCAGGAGCUGGAGGAACUCCAAGCGGCGGCAGCCGGUGGCAACCGGAUUUUACAAUGUCCCAGUUCCUUCGAUUCCGUGCUGUGUUGGCCCAGAACCAAUGCCGGCAGUUUGGCGAUUUUGCCCUGCUUCGAGGAGUUCAAGGGCGUUCAUUACGACACCACAGAAAAUGCCACUCGCUUCUGCUUUCCGAAUGGAACCUGGGAUCACUAUUCGGACUAUGAUCGCUGCCACCAGAACUCUGGGUCCAUUCCCGUUGUGCCGGACUUCUCGCCCAGCGUCGAUCUGCCGGCAAUUAUAUAUGCCUGCGGUUAUUUCCUAAGCUUUGCUACCUUGGUGGUAGCUCUCAUUAUAUUCCUCAGUUUUAAAGAUUUGCGCUGUCUGCGUAAUACGAUUCAUGCAAAUCUAUUCCUCACCUACAUCACCUCAGCUCUGUUGUGGAUACUCACAUUGUUCCUGCAAGUGAUAACCACCGAGUCUAGUCAGGCUGGCUGCAUUACGCUGGUCAUCAUGUUUCAAUACUUUUAUCUAACCAACUUCUUCUGGAUGUUUGUGGAGGGUCUCUAUCUGUACACGUUGGUGGUGCAAACGUUCUCCAGUGAUAACAUUAGCUUUAUUAUAUACGCCCUGAUAGGCUGGGGCUCUCCAGCUUUAUGCAUUUUGGUUUGGUCCAUAGCCAAGACCUUUGCCCCGCAUCUCGAAAAUGAGCAUUUCAAUGGGCUGGACAUCGAGUGCACCUGGAUGCGUGAAUCUCAUAUUGACUGGAUAUUCAAGGGUCCUGCCUCUCUGGCUCUGCUGGUUAACUUAGUAUUUCUCAUACGCAUUAUGUGGGUUCUGAUCACCAAACUGCGCUCUGCCCACACCCUAGAAACGCGGCAGUAUUACAAGGCCUCCAAGGCCUUGCUGGUACUGAUUCCUCUCUUUGGCAUCACCUACUUGCUGGUGCUCACUGGCCCCGAGCAGGGGAUCAGUCGGAAUCUCUUUGAGGCCAUCCGUGCCUUCCUCAUCAGCACGCAGGGCUUCUUUGUGGCUCUGUUCUACUGCUUUCUCAACUCCGAGGUUCGCCAGACGCUGAGGCAUCGGUUUACCAGGUGGCGGGAGAACAGGAAUAUCCAUCGGAACAGUUCGAUCAAGAACCGCAGCACGGAGGAGUGUGUCAUCUGUCUGCGACCAUCGCCACACACGCGGCUGGGAUCCUUGCAACGCUACCACAGCAUCGACAUCACCGAUUUUGUUUAGGAAUCCCUCAGUUUAUAGUAUUACUUGCAUUUUAAUUUGUGGCUACAAAGUGUUCAGUCCCUAUAAUUUAAAUUUACUCAGUUAUUCCUUCAUCGAAAUAUAUACAUUUCGCUAAGAAUUUACUUUGGAUACUUCAUGAAUAUACCAUAAAUACAUUAGAUUCACUAGAUUCAACCCCAAAGAGGAAACGGAUUAGACUGGACUUGUAGUUUAUUUUCAAGAGUGACUUGGAGUUACAGCAGAAAUUGUUGUUAAACUUAUGUAGGUUCAUGAUUUUCGGUUUCUUUUUGCUUUUGAUAUAUCUUAUAGUAAGAUCUUAAGUACGAAAACAAGUGGCUAACAUAGGGCUUUCAUCCAAACAUUCCAAAGGUAGAAUCAUCGAAUCAUCGAAAGGAAAACAAACUGUGAAUACCCCCCUUUUU